CGCGUCGCCGAGCUCGCGCCCGCCUCCGCUUUUGUGCCACAGAGGACCGCGGAGCCGGCGAGGAGCGCCCGCCGACUGGGCCGCGCAGGCCCGAGGGCCCCGGGGACGGUGGAGCCGGAGCCGACGCGCGGCCAUGGCCCGACCUUGAAGGCUUAUGAGGGCAAUCUUCAACCGCAACAAAAAAUGAACGGCUCUGAGGAUCUUCCCGAGUCCUAUGACUUCGACCUCAUCAUCGUUGGAGGCGGCUCGGGAGGACUGGCUGCUGCCAAGGAGGCAGCCAAAUAUGGUAAGAAGGUUAUGGUCUUGGAUUUUGUCACUCCAACUCCUCUUGGAACUAGAUGGGGUCUUGGAGGAACAUGUGUGAAUGUGGGUUGCAUACCUAAAAAACUGAUGCACCAAGCAGCGUUGUUAGGACAAGCCCUGAAGGACUCUCGCAACUACGGCUGGGAUGUCCAGGACACCGUUAAACAUAACUGGGAAAAAAUGACAGAGGCUGUACAGAAUCACAUUGGCUCUCUGAACUGGGGCUACCGCGUAGCUCUGCGGGAGAAAAAGGUCGUCUAUGAGAAUGCUUAUGGGCAAUUUGUCGGUCCUCAUAGGAUUAAGGCAACAAAUAAUAAAGGCAAAGAAAAAUUUUAUUCAGCAGAGCGAUUUCUCAUUGCCACUGGUGAAAGGCCACGUUACUUGGGCAUCCCUGGCGACAAAGAGUACUGCAUCAGCAGUGAUGAUCUAUUUUCCUUACCUUACUGCCCUGGUAAGACCCUGGUGGUUGGAGCAUCCUAUGUCGCUUUGGAAUGUGCUGGAUUUCUUGCUGGUAUUGGUUUGGAUGUCACUGUUAUGGUACGGUCCAUUCUUCUUAGAGGAUUUGACCAGGACAUGGCCAACAAAAUUGGUGAACACAUGGAAGAACAUGGUAUCAAGUUUUUAAAGCAGUUUGUACCAAUUAAAAUUGAACAAAUUGAAGCAGGGACACCAGGCCGACUCAGGGUGACAGCUCAGUCCACCAAUAGUGAGGAAACCAUCGAAGGAGAAUAUAAUACGGUAUUGCUGGCAAUAGGAAGAGAUUCUUGUACAAGAAAUAUUGGCUUAGACACUGUGGGGGUGAAGAUAAAUGAAAAGACUGGCAAAAUACCUGUGACUGAUGAAGAGCAGACCAAUGUGCCUUACAUCUAUGCCAUUGGUGACAUAUUGGAAGGAAAGCUGGAGCUUACCCCGGUGGCCAUCCAGGCAGGAAGAUUGCUAGCUCAGAGGCUUUAUGCUGGCUCCACUGUCAAGUGUGACUAUGAAAAUGUUCCAACAACCGUAUUUACUCCUUUGGAAUAUGGUGCUUGUGGCCUUUCAGAAGAGAAAGCUGUAGAGAAAUUUGGGGAGGAAAAUAUUGAGGUUUACCAUAGUUUCUUUUGGCCGUUGGAAUGGACUGUUCCAUCAAGAGAUAACAACAAAUGUUGCAAAAUAAUCUGUAAUCUGAAAGACGAUGAACGUGUUGUGGGCUUUCAUGUACUGGGUCCAAAUGCUGGAGAAGUCACACAGGGCUUCGCAGCUGCGCUGAAGUGUGGACUGACCAAGAGGCAACUGGACAGCACGAUUGGAAUCCACCCCGUCUGUGCAGAGGUGUUCACAACGCUGUCGGUGACCAAGCGCUCAGGGGGAGACAUCCUCCAGGCUGGCUGCUGAGGUUAAGCCCCAGUGUGGACGCUCCUGCCAGGACUCCAAGCCACUGACUUGUACUUGAACUCUUGGCACCUGUCCCAGAUGCUGUGCUCACCACCACCCAUGGUCCCUUGGACCUCACGGGUAGGAAGCAGUGAGUGGAGGCAGGCAGCGUCACACUGGGGUCACCAUCGCCGACUCGAACCUGAACUUGGCAGUGCAUUGGAACAAUGCAUCCAUGAAGUCACCAGCCUCAAACCCGAGUGGUGGGCAGUGAUGGAACAACUGUCGCCUCAGUUCAGCGUGACCUUCGCUUCAUGUUUUCUUACUCUCAAGCUGUCUAAUGUUGAUUAUGUAUUUUUCCUCCAUAGGGUUAAUGAUACUAGAGAUGAAAAAUAUUAGCCAUCAGUUUUUGUCCAAAAGCCAGUCUGGUCUAGAAUAUCCAUAGUGUCCUGCUGCCCACAAGGGAUGGGCUGGUUCACUUGGAAGCUACGUAGGUUUGUCCCAUGGAAGAGAACACCCGUGACCAAGAUGUGGUGUCUGUCUGAGUGCCAGAGCUGGCCUGUUUAGCCUUGUCUCCUUUAACGAGUUCUGUGUCCAAAACAAGGAAAUCUAAAAUCGCCUCUUUCCAGAUUUGCUCCCAUGUGCUGCGUCACGUUACUUUAAGUUCUGUUUAGGAGGAGGGAUGGCUGACUUGAAGGAAGCCCCACUGUGGGGAACUUGGUGGCAAAGCUGUGAUUCCACCGUGGCUCUCGGUGGAGGCAGCUGCACACCCAGAGGAGAAAGCAGCCACCGGCUUACUAGAGUUGGCCUGCUUGUGUCGUCUCGGCGAGCUGAGAGCCUUUGCGAUGGAAAAUGCUUACCUUGCUUCAGACUUUGUUUUUGUUUGGUGGGUUUAGCUUUCAGCUAAAAACACAAAAUGUCAUUCUGUGUGUUGAGUGUGUCCCUUUGGAAGAACUACAUUCAUCCGAAAGUAGGUCUUUUCCACACUUUGGAUUUCAGUCUGUGAUAAUUGCUUUUAAGGAAGCUAUUAAUAACAUAAGUUAUUAUUCUUGAACACAGGUGGAUGUGAAGGAUUUUCAUAUAAAAACCAAGGGAUUUGACUUUCCGUUCCAUGAACCCUGGCGCGGGGACUGAGGCUGCUGUCCCGCAUCUGUGCAGCUGGCCGAGUGCUUCUAGGCGGGCACUGCUCACUCUCCACGGUGGGGGUGGGCUCAGGACGUGUGCUGGGGACGCCAGGCUCCUGCCGGUGGUCCUCGCAGCUCCCGUUUCACCCCCUCCUGGAACCCUGCCUGCCUUUCUUACCUGUAGCACUGAGUGGUUGCUUCAAAGUACAUUUCUGGGCCACUUCAGGGAACCCCUGUGUCUGCCUGGCCUCUGGUCAGCAGAACACGUGUCCAGGCCCUGCCCGUGCCCGGUGCCCUCCGUGCAGAAAUGGGGAGGCGGCAGCGGGAGGGAAGCUGAGGUGAGUGCAGGGUCGGUUUUAUUUAUUUGCAUUUUUAAAUCCCCUAAGGCUGCCCGUCCCAGAGAAGGGGGCCGGCAGAUGCGGCAAGGCCGCCUGAUCAUGUCGAUCCUCCCAGAACGCAGUGCCCGCCCUGCCGCGCCUCUAGGCUUGCUGAGACUUCUCUGCCCACAGUACUGUGACUCAUUGAAUUCCAUGUAUUUUUGUUACAAAUCUUCUGAAAAAAAGAAAAACAAUGUGAAACAUUAAAAGGAGUUAAUAACCC